AUGAAAACUUCAAGGUUGGAAUCGCCGCUAAUUUUGGAAUUGCCAUCGAUCUCGGACACCCUAACUGGUUUGAGCAUCGCAUUCGCCACCGCGACUAUAUCUUCCCGAGCUCAGCGCGGGGCGACGACCACCAACCCAGUUAACCACAACACAAUUGCCAACAUGAGCACAACACUAAUCUUCAUCCACGGCUCUUGGCACCAAGCAAACUGCUACGAUCCAAUCAUCAACCUCAUCAAACCACACUUCAAAUGCAUCUCAAUAACCCUCCCCUCAACAACGGGCAACCCAUCCGCAACAUUCAAAGAUGAUCUCGACGUCGCGCGAGAAGCCAUCUCCACGGAGCUCGACCACGAGCGCAACGUCGUAAUAAUCGCCCACUCCUACGGCGGCAUGGUCGGCAACAGCGCCAUAAAGGGCUUCGCCCAAUCCCACUCAAAAGGCCAAGCCCACAUCCAAGGCCUAAUCCUCAUAGCCUCCGGCUUCACACUAACCGGGCUCUCAUUCAUGGAUCCAUUCCUGGGCCACCCACCUCCAGCCUGGCGCGUGAACCAGGAAACAGGGUUCGCGGAACUGGUCGCCGAUCCGCGGGACCUGUUUUAUCAUGAUCUGCCCGAGGACGAGGCUGAGUUCUGGGUUUCGCAGCUGACAUACCAGAGUUUGAAGGCUUUGUUUGAGGGUGGUGAGUAUACGUAUGGUGGGUGGAAGGAUGUGCCGACGUGGUAUAUUGGGACUGUGGAGGAUAGGGGGAUACCGGUGCUGGCGCAGCGGUUGGGGGUUGGGAUGGCGAGGGAGAUGGGUGGGGAUGUUCAGCAUCGAGAGUUGCGGACGAGUCAUUCGCCGUUUUUGAGUCAGCCUGAGGCGACGGUGGGGAUUAUCUUUGAGGCUUUGGAGGCUUUUACUGGGGUGAAGGUUGAGUCGGUUGGAGGUCGCAUGGUGCCGGUUUUGCCGAGGGCUUCACUCUGGCAGCCUUUGUCGUGGUUGAAGUUUGGACUUCCUCUUGCUUUUGGUCGUGUUAUAGGGAGGGGGAUUGUCGUAUUUGGAUGGGGGAGGAGGUUGUGGAGGUCGAGGUUUGGUCUACGUAGUCUUUGA